CUGGAACUCGCUUUAGCGCAUUUAGAGCAGAAUCUCAAACGGCUCCGCAGUCCCUGUGGAGUGCACUACAGAGGGGGCGCGGUAGGGCGCGGAUAAAGGCAGCCGACUGGGACGAGGUCCUUCAGGCAGAUCUACUGAAGCCUUUUGUUUACAUACACGUCACCAGGAAGUUCGUCCAAGAUGUUGAGGCAGGGUUUUAUUACCUGAUGUGGACAGGAUUCCCAGGCUGAUGUCCCUCUUUUUGAUGAUGAGCAAGACAGCAAGAACAAGCCAAAAAUACAACAUCCUUUGGCCUCUUUCUUCCACCUGUUCUUUCGUUUAAGUGCUGUCCUCGUCUACUUGCUGUGUGAGUUUAUCAGCAGUAGCUUCAUUGCUUGUAUGGUCACCAUAAUUCUUCUGCUGUCAUGCGACUUCUGGACAGUCAAGAACGUGACUGGACGCCUGCUGGUGGGACUGAGGUGGUGGAAUCAGGUUGAUGAGAAUGGGAAGAGCCACUGGGUGUUUGAGUCCAGAAAGGCAAACAGCAAAAAGGUGGUCUCAAGUUCAGAGUCACGGAUUUUCUGGCUCGGUCUUAUCGUGUGUCCAGUCUUAUGGGUUGUCUUUGUGUUCUCUACUCUCAUUUCCUUCCGAAUCAAGUGGCUGGCAGUGGUGAUUAUGGGAGUUGUAUUACAGUGGGCUAAUCUCUAUGGGUAUGUUCGAUGCAAAGUUGGAGCUGGAACCAAUUUGAGGAACAUGGCAACCAACUAUCUUGGCCUUCAGCUCUUUAAGCAGGCAAUGAGCAAAUCACAAGGACCCUAAUGUGCCUACAGAUGACGGUGUUGGUGCUGCUGAGAUUAAAUAAUAUAACUUUUUUUUUUUUUUAAUAAUUAUUAUUAUUUUGGCAUUCAGAGGGAAGCUCAACUGUACCUUCUUUUAAUUUUAUUUUCAUUUCAGUUUCAUUCUCAAACCAAGUGAAUGUGGAGAAGUUAUUUUUUAUUUUAUUAAACCAGUUUAGGGUUUUUCCUUCUUUUUAAACCAGAUUUCUCAAACUGCUUUUCCAAUCCCGUUUGAAUAGAGUGGGAUAGAAAACACCGCAACGUGUUGUCCAAAAUAUAAGUAGAAUAUAUAGUUGUAUAUUUUCUAUAUAUAUUUAAAAUCUACAUUUUGUACAUUUCUUUAAUUAUAACAAUAAUCCUAUCCUGCGUCUUGAAUGUUAGUGAAAAUACACUUUUUUAGUAACCUAUGACCUCUGUAAUAAUUCCAUAUAAAUUCCUGAAGGACGCAUGUGAGAAGCAAUAUAGAAAACACGGGACUAGUUUUUUUUGGCUGGUCUUUGUAAUAAAAACAUCUAAAGGA